AUGGAGGCGAGCAAGCUCAAGGCGGCCAGGCUCCUGGAGCAGAUGAGCGCCCACCUCGCCACCGACGCCGGCAAGGAGAUCGCCAACAAGGUCGGCUUCGUCUACCAGCUCAACAUCUCGCCCAAGAAGAUGGGCGUGGACGAGGAGAUCUUCGUCGUGGACCUCAAGAAGGGCGCCGUCUCCACAGGGAAGUACGAGGGGACGCCGGACGCGGCCUUCACCUUCACCGACGACGACUUCCUCGCCAUCGCCAGCGGCAAGCUGAACCCGCAGAUGGCGUUUAUAAGGGGCAAGCUGAAGAUCAAGGGGAGCAUCAGCGCCGCGCAGAAGUUCACGCCGGACAUCUUCCCCAAGCCGUCCAAGUUGUAG